UCGUCUGUAAACAUGGCGGAUCACGUCAUGGAUUCUGAUGACAAUAAACAAACAAUUUCAAAAAACGGAAAUAAACAAUGGGUUAAGUUAAACGUAGGUGGUACAUAUUUUCUAACGACGAAAACUACCUUGGCAAGAGACCCUAACUCAUUUUUAUACAGACUGAUUCAAGAAGAUAGUGAUUUAAUAUCAGAUAAAGAUGAAACGGGGGCGUAUUUAAUAGACAGGGACCCGAACUACUUCUCGCCAGUGUUAAAUUUCCUUAGGCAUGGCAAACUAGUCUUAAAUAAGGGAUUAGCUGAAGAAGGUGUAUUGGAAGAGGCUGAAUUUUACAAUAUUGCAGAACUUAUAACGCUAGUUAAGGAAAGGAUUUGUCACAGAGACAAUCGGCCUAGCAAAGACGGCAAAAAACAUGUUUAUAGAGUUUUACAAUGUCAUGAAGAUGAAUUAACACAGAUGGUUUCAACCAUGUCAGAUGGUUGGAAAUUCGAGCAACUGGUAAAUAUCGGAUCACAAUACAAUUACGGUGCCGACGAACAUGCAGAAUUUCUCUGUGUGGUCAGUCGAGAAUGUGGAGCCCCGGAAAGCACGGAAGUGAGGGGGGAAAGGGAAGAUAGGGCGAAGAUUCUGCAGCAUAAAGGUUCUAGAAUGUAAAAGAGGGAAGCGUUUAGUGUGGAGCGGUUUUGAUCGACAGACAGAUUCAUCGUUGAUUUUAGUUUUUUUUGUUCGAAACGAGGGAUGUAACGUGUGUCGUUAGCGGACUCAAUCAUUUUGUAAAAUUGUUUCUCGGAAGCGUUUGUGUGGUAAGAUAUUUCCGUUUUUUUUUAUAGAAUUUUUGUAGACAGUGUGUAGGGAAACUCCCGUUUGGAAAUGUAUUGGAUUAUUCUUGCAUUUGCAAGGAAUAGGAACUAGGUAGCCCUUGAAAUAAUCAAUUCAGUUUAUUUUUCCCUCUGGAGUUAAUAUUUUAGCAAUAAAAUUAGUUGGUGAGCCGCUUGACGACUAAUUUAGUGGUUUUUGACACGAUGAAAUGUAUCGAUACUUUUUUUAUUUGAUUUCUUUCGUAAUGUUUUUUUUUAAAGGUAUUUGAAUAAUAACGAGCACGUUUUUGUCAAAAAGUCAUUGAUAUUACUUUACGAUUUUAUAACAUUUUUGAUAUACGCGAUAUUUAUUUGAUAAAGAGCUUAUUAGACAAUUUUUUGAGUAAGUAAUAUUGCAUUGUUACGAGAAAAGUAUGUUUUGAAGGAUAUUUUGUAUUAUUUAGGCUAAAAACACAGGGUUGAUAUGUACAUAAAUAAAAUUUGAUUUAAUAGCAUGGAUAUCUUUCUUAAAUCAUUCGUGUAUAAAUAUUUCGGCGAUUGCCGAGUGAGAAAAAGUUUCUUCUCAAAUGUGUUCCUCAUAUUUUGUAAUAUUUAGAACAAAUCUAAAAUACCGGCAGCGCAGCGGUGAUUUUUUUUAGUUACGUCAAAAUUGUUUCCAGCUGCCGCUAGAAAUGAUUUGGUUUUAUUUUAACGGUUUGAAGAGCAUUUGAAAUUUUUACUUAUGCUGUAAACAUUUUGUUUUCAUGCUCAGGACGAUAUUCCUGACGAUGAAGAAAAAAAAAAAAUUGAAUCUAUUUAAAUUGACUGCCAAUUCUUUCAGUUGAAUUUGUAGGAAAAUUUGCUACGUGUUACAAUGUAUGAAGGUAUAAUUCUUAUUAAGUGGAUGGUAAUAGGGAAAACUCUCGCUUUCACGAUCGGCCUGCUUUCCUUGUAAAUACUCGUCGGGUAUUUUUUGAUCGAACUUGUUUCGGUGUUACCAAAAUUAAAUCCGAACCUUACGAACAUCUAAAAAUUGCUGCUCCUGACACCUUACGCUUUGUUUAUUAGUUAUGACUGUCUUCCCGUUUGAUUUACUUAGAAAAAUGCAGUAAAGAAGAUUACUCAGUUUGAUUACUUUUUUCAUUGUUUCUCGACAGAAUUUGCAAUACAAAAAAAAUAUUAUAAAAUAUUUGUAAAUUCUAAGGAAACUGUACAUACUGCUGCUAUUCCGUUUUCUGUGUGUCCUAUCUUUAUUACGGAGAGAACUUCGUAAGACUUUCAUGAAAAAUGUGACACUGUUUAUGAUAUAUCUAUCAUUUCGAUCUUUAAAAAGACAUUUCUAUGGGCUAGCGGUACGGAUCGUGUGUUAGAAAUUGAUGUAAACACUUUUAUAUACAUCUCGAUGUGAUGGAAUAAUGUAGUGUUAAAUUGACAAAGACUUUUCCUUAAAAUUUUAGAUGUAUCAUAAUUUCUUGAAGCAGUUUGAUUGCCGAUAUUUUUGCUUUUUUUUACUAUGAUUUUGGUCCUACGUAUUUAAGAAAUGCUCCUGUAUAGUUAGGCAGACAAUGUCCUCGUAUGGAUUGUCAACUUUUGUAUUUUUAAAAUUUGUUUGUAAUAAUAAAGUUGUGCAAUUAUUGAAAAA